AUGAGCCUGUGCAUCAAAAUGAACAAUGUGGUCAGGUCAGACGCAGAAUACGCACUGCCUAUGUCUCAUCUGAGUGCUCGAAUCUUUGGUGAAGUGCCCAGGCCUACUGCUUCAAAGUCCAUGAAAGUGGUGAAUAUGUUUAGUGAGCCGCCCUUGGCCCAAAAGAAAGAGACUUAUGACUGGUAUCCAAAUCACAACAUGGAUUUUGCGCUCAUGGGCACACUCCAUUUCCUUGGCCUUUACAGAGAUGAGCAUCAGGAUUUUAAGGAUGAGCAAAGCCGUCUAAAGAAGCUCCAUGGAAAGUGGAAACCAACGAAAGGAGAGGGGAAAAGAGCUACAAAA